CAUCUAGAAACUUGACACCAUAGAACUGGUCAGUGAGGUUUGGGGUUUCAUUUCCAACUCUCACAAAAGAAAGAGGGUUCCUGCGAUCUCCUGGAGAACCCAGAUGUACCAGAGGAGCGAUUCACCCGCCGAGGGAACCAGGACCAUGAGGAUUUUCUCUGUUUUGCUUUGGAUUCUUUUCCCAGGCUGCUGGGCGGUGACGGGCCCCGGGGCAGUGCGCGGCCCCCCGGGCGGGUCGGUGGCUGUGCGGUGCGGGUACCGGACGGGCUAUGAGGAUUAUCAGAAGUUCUGGUGCCGGACAGGAGGUUUGGAAGGAGGUUUGUUCUGUUCCAACGGGAUUCACAUCGUUGAGACCGAUGGGUCGGAGGCGGAGGUGACCCGGGGCAGAGUCUCCAUCCGAGACAAUCACACCCAGCGCGUGUUCACUGUGACCCUGGACAACCUGACACGGGCAGACGCCGGCACGUACCACUGCGGGAAUCCUGGGCACAACCUUCCCUUCAGUGCAUCAGAUCCUGCUGUCACUGGCCAAAUGGCAAACUAUAUGAAUGAGGAGCACCUGCCCAGCUCAGCCGAUCCAGCGUCUGACUAUGAAAGGAUGAUCCCGCAGAUGAGUCAGGUUUCAGGACAGAGAAAAGCAGUUUCUUCUGGCCCACAGGACUUCUCAGCCACAGAUCUGCAGGACACCUACGUCACUAUGUGCGCAAUCACACCCCAUUCCCCCAUGAUCUGUCAUCAAGCAAAGUGCUUGGGGUUUCAUUUCCAACUCUCACAAAAGGAAGAGGUCCCUGCGAUCUCCUGGAGAACCCAGAUCUACCAGAGGCGAGAUUCACCCGCUGAGGGAACCAGGACCAUGAGGAUUUUCUCUGUUUUGCUUUGGAUUCUUUUCCCAGGCUGCUGGGCGGUGGCACCUGUGACGGGCCCCGGGGCAGUGAGCGGCCCCCAGGGCGGGUCGGUGGCUGUGCGGUGCGGGUACAGGAGCGGCCAUGAGAAUGAUCAGAAGUUCUGGUGCCGGGCAGAACGAAUGUUCUGUUCCAACGAUAGCAUAUUUGUGAACCUGCGGUCGGUGGCGGAGGUGAAGCGGGGCAGAGUCUCCAUCCGAGACAAUCACACCCAGCGCGUGUUCACUGUGACCCUGGAGAACCUGACACUGGCAGACGCCGGCACGUACCACUGCGGGGUAGGGAGCAGUGGGCAUUUCAUCGACACUGUGAACGUCACCGUCUUCCCUGCUGUUCUUACCUCACCACCGAGGACACCAGAAAAGGACCUGACCGUUGCCACCUCCCCAUGGACUGUUCUUGCCGGUAUACCAAACCUCGUCCUCUACAUCCUGAUCCCAUCCGUCCUGCUGGUUCUCCUUUUGAUUUUGUUCAUUGCUGUAAAGUUUAGAAGAGCAUCACAGAGGAGGAGCAAAGGUGAAAAUUCUCUGAUCAAUUUUGCUACCCUUGAGGACACAGCAGGACAAAAGGAGAAGAACGUCUCUCUCUAUACCACGAUUCCUGGGCACAACCUUCCCUUCAGUGCAUCAGAUCCUGCUGCCACUGGCCAGAUGACAAUCUAUAUGAAUGUGCAGCACCUGCCCAGCUCAGCCGAUCCAGCGUCCGUCUAUGAAAGGAUGAUCCCGCAGAUGAGUCAGGUUUCAGGACAGAGAAAAGCAGUUUCUUCUGGCCCACAGGACUGCCCAGCCACAGAUCUGCAGGACACCUACAUCACUAUGUGCGCAAUCACACCCCAUUCCCCCAUGAUCUGUCAUCAAGCAAAGUGUGGGAGAAAAGCUGCAGGCUGAAGCCAUUCCUACUCACGGGAUAUUUAGCAGCUCGUCCUUAUUUCCCUACUGUCCCAUGAAAGCUUCCAGACUGGCAUUCCCUCUGCCCUGCUUCUCCUGAGCAAUCUGCCAGCAGCAAGAUGUGGUGGGGAGGUCCCACUUCCAGCACAAUUUUGUCUUCAGAAAUGUACUGGGGGCCAACAGCUACUACAAAGUGCUUCUCCUUUCCUGGACAUCAGCUUGAAACAGCACAAAGUCUUGGUGGUUCCGGUUCCUCAAGGGCUGGAGGUAUUCCUCUGGUGCUCGUUGUGGCAUCUCUCUGCUCCAGCACCACAUAAUUGCUCAUAAAACUCACUUGGUGCAAAGGAGCUUGGUUCUGGGGUCAGAACCUCAGGAUGAUGAGACAACUCUUUGGCUGGAGGUGAUGUGGUGAAUAGGGCCUCAGGGAGGCUGAGGAACAGAAGCUUGGGGAGAUGAGGGUGUGGAAAUAACAAUGGGAAGAUGAGGCAGAAGGAAACAGCUUUGUCCUCCAUUCCCCCAGUCAGCGUGGAAUUAAUUGUGCUGGAAUCUUUUUACCCCCAAUCCCAUGUUAGCACAGUGGCUUAGAACAAGAAGGGCACAUGGAUUCCCCCAUUUUAUAUAGGUUAAGUGAAAAGAUUGAGAGCCCAUUCCCAGACGUUCUUUUUGGACGUCUUCGUCUUUGAUCCUAAAUACCCUGUGGGACACAUCUAAAGAAUUUGGACACAAGACCAAUAUCAUUCUGGAGUGUAGGAACAGGAGUGUUGUAUGAAAGACACGAGAGAUAAUGGUCCCACUCUACUUGGCACUGGCUAGCCCCGAGCUGGACAUUGUGUCCAGUUCUGGGGGCCACACUUUAGGAAAGAGGUGGACAAGCUAGAAAGAGUCCAAAGAGCUACAAAAAUGAUAUAAGAUUUAGAAAAAUCUCACCUAUGAGGAAAGGUUAAACCACUAGGUGUGGUUAGUCGCGAGAAAAAAAAAAGCAGAUGGGGAACCAAAUAACAGUCUUCAAAUAUGUUAAGAGCUGUUAUAAAAAGGGGGAAAUCCAUUGUUCGCUGUGUCCACUGAAGG